CGGACCUUCAGGGUGACAUCAUAACUCAGAGACACCGAGAAAAAUGUGCCACAUCAAUCAGAGCCCACCAGCAAUGCGCAAAUGCACAAAAAGAGAGCCUGACUACGUGGCCUUUUGUCAAAAUCAUGCACAUCCCGUCCCAAUAAUAGUACACCACGAGUGAAGUGAUUCGAACGUGGUGUAAUGUAGAAAGGUAGAGUACCGUUUUCAGAUUUUCGCUGACAAUAUUUACCAGAAACAAAUUUACUCGAAGCUUCCCGUCAUCAUGUGACUCCUAUAUGAAUAAGAGGGCUGAAGAUUUUCUAAACGGAGCGCUUGCUGUUUACUCCCUUUUUGCGUUCAGACAACAUACUAGCUAUGGGAGCAGCGCUACCACUAUGGCUCAAGUUUCUAGAUGAAACAUCCAAAGUCGUGACUGUGUUGACUGCAGUAGCUCUUCUCUAUACCCGCUCUGCAGGAGUCGCUUUUUUUGUGACCGGCGCAUUGUUGUGUUCAAAACUGGCUAAGCUCACCAAGAAAGCAAUACGACAAGAACGCCCAUCUCAGUGCUCCGGGCGUAAAGUGUCUUAUGGGAUGCCUAGCUCACAUGCAUCCACGUGCACCUUCUUCGCUGCAUAUAUUACCCUUGCUUGCCUUGAGCUACCUGUCCACCCUACCUUCCCUCGUUUCGUUGUGUUCACUCCAAUGAUUGUCUUACCAUGGACAUGCAUGAUAGCCAUGUCAAGGGUGCGGCUGGGCCAUCACACAUGGCCGCAGAUUGCAGCAGGAACCUUACUUGGAGUCUGCUGUGCUAUUUUUUGGUUCAAACUAUGGGCGGAAGAUGUGGGUGGCAUCAUGACAAUUUUAUCAUCAGUAAAUGUCGAGUUCACUGUUGUCUCACUUAUCUCACUUUUUUGGGUAAAUUAAGUGAAGUAUGUCUUCGAUCUUUACUCGCAAGUUGAGCAGAUC